GAUAUAUUAUUAUUUUUUUUAAGUGGUCUCUACGCUCAAGGUAUUUUAUAGGUAUACAUAUAUAUAUAUAUAUAUUUAGAUAUCUAUUUAUCUACGAAUCCGUGAAUACCUAUAGGUGCAGCGUCACACAGUACGACGAACAUUAUCAACUACAGUGUUUUCUUUUUUCUCUUUCCUUCUCUUGUGUAUCGCACCGUUUCUUUCUUUAUCUUCUACAUUAGAAAUUAGGCGUGUGUGUGUGUGUUUGCAUUUUGGAGAGCGCGCUUCGUAUCACUGUCGCCGUUGUUGUUUGCUCUCGCUGUUCACGCGGUGUCUGCACGUGUCGUUGACAGAAUUUAUUCGCCCCGUUCUCACCACCUUCCACUUGCUGCCUUCAACUCGUUGUUGCGUGGAGCGCCGAAUAUUUUCUUUCCUUUCGCUCCUUCUGCGCCUGUUGACCCUUCAUCUGUUAUUAUUAUUAUUCCUCUCUCUUUUGUAAGAAGAAGAGAAACAGACGUGUGCGGUAUUUCUUGUGUGUUGUCGGUGUUGUGUGUGUGUAUACAAGUGUGUUCCUCGACACGCGUGUCACUGCAGCCUCGUUGCCUUGUUUAAUCCUCGCAAACAGUAAAAAGAGAGGAAAGCUUUCUUUAUCGCUCGCCGCGUCUCUCCCACUCUCUCUACCACUCUCUCCCUCUCUCGUCGGACGGCGCGUACUUACGCGAUAUCGCCUGGAGUUUCCUCAGCGAACGAAGAAACAAACAGAAAGGGAAAGUAACGGAGCAGAAAGAUCAUUGAGAGCGUCCCCGCCACAUCGGUGUAUUUAUUUAUACACGGCUCGUGGUGUACUGUAAUUGCCUUUUUUUCUUUUCUUAAACACUACUGUACUGGUGUUGUUGACGAGUAUUAUUACUACUUUUCUUCUUUGUAUUUCUGGACGUACACCCACCCACGCACACACCCCCACACGCGUGUCUAUAUAUACCCCCCUCUCCCUCUUCUCACCUUUCGGGGAUUGCGAAGCUGGUGUUGUGACGGGGCGGACAGUUGCUUCGUGUGUUGUUUGGACUGGCAAAUAUAUUUCUUUCUCUCUCUCUCUGUGUGUGUGUUACCUCGAUCUAGUUUGAAUUUAUAAUUGUUAUUUUUGUUUUCCCCCAAUCACUCCGGCGUUACCUCACUGGAGCAGAGUCCGUGGUCUUUCUUUGCCUCUAGUGCGUGUGGGAGAAGAGAAGCGAAGCAAAGUAUAUAUAUAUAUAUAUAUAGGCUCCUUAUUAGUAUUAUUCAGAGUAUUAAACCCCCACCACCACCUCCCGAAUUAGAUCUUCUUAUUUACUUGUUUUUUGUUGUUUUCUUUUUUCUUUUCUGGCUGUUGUCGUCUUCACCCGUGUUGGCCUUCUGCGUAGACGAGAGUUGUGCUCACAACUGCCGUCGCGCGGCGAAGGAGCGAGAGAAGUGCGGCGGUGCUGCAACGAACGCAGCACGAACGGGGGAGAUUAUUUGAUACAGAGCACACCGAGCGAAGAACUCAAAACAGAAUAUUUUUAUUUCUUUCUUUUUCUCUCUCUCUCUUUCUUCUAAAACAAACGGUGUAACUGUCUGAUCUUUGCAGCUGCAGAAGAAAUAGAGUCAAGAGCGCUUGUGUACUGUGACCCCUGUCAUCGCGAGCUCCACCGUCAGUGUUUCAUGAUUAUUACUAUUACUGUUAUUAUUUCUCUCUUGUAUUUUUUUGCGGAGUAUUUAGUUCUAUUGUUGUUCUUCUUUUUUCUCCCAAAUACAUUCAUUUUCCUGUUCUUUUGCCGUUUCUGCUGCACAGAAGUUUCAGCGUACCGCUGCUGUUCGUUGUUCUCCUCCGCGACAGCGGAUAGAAAGAAGCAGCAGAGAAGGAGUACCAGCACAACAUGUUCGCCGAGACGGAGAGCGAAGAACUGCUGAGCCUGCUGUCGCAGGUCCGUCUAGUGGUCGACGAGGAAGCACGUACAGACGAAGCACACCAGCGACAGCAGCAGCAGCAGCAGCAGCAGCAGCAGCAGCAGCAGCAAUUUCGCGAUGUCAGCUACGCCGCGAAGCUCUCCAUGUCCUCCAUCACCUCGCCGAGUACGAUGUCUGGCGCGAUCACCACAGCACUCUCCGCCGGCAGCGCCAGGCGCUACACGGCCUCCUCCACCGCAGCCGGCAGCUGGACCGUGCACGACGGCGGCGUGGCGGAGACGAUACGGAGCAGCAACACGCUCAACGGAGUCGACGGUGAUGAGCCGCAGCAGAAGCGCUUCCACGGCGCAGUCGCUGGACGGACGCCGGCGACUGGUGUGAAGAUACUGCAUGCGCCGCGCAGCAGUGGUGGGGUGCAGUGUGCAGACGCCUACGCCGUCAGUGAAGAGGAGCCGGAGGAGUACUACGAUGUGUUGCGGCAGCCGAAGCAGCUCUUCUUUAUGGAUGCGCACCGGCGCGAUGUGCUGCCGUCACAGCAACAGCACAAGUCACCUGCACAGCGCCGCACGCCGUCGUCACCGUUUGUUCUCAACGGUGCAGCAGCAGCAACAGCGAACUCCAUUAAGACGCCGGCGAUCGCACGCGAUAACACUUCUCUGUUGUCCAGCUUACCCAUGCAAAGUGGUGGCGGCGGCGGCAGCAGGCGAUCUGCUGCGUCCACGGCCGAUACGUCAUUCAAGCCCAUCAUGGAGUCGAUCAGCGCUGCCGUGGAGGAGGAAAGCGGAGGUCUCCCUCGUGCCUUUCCCCGCACCGUCUCGCCAGGAAGUGCAGGUGUGAUGUCUGCCGUGCUGGCCGGAUACACCCAGUCCCUCAAUCAGGAGGGUCUGUUGGAGGAGUCAGCAGGCGGACACGACGACGCACACGUGGGUGGGCUGUCGCGCAUCGCCGCAGAGUUGGGGAGAAACGCCCGCGCAGACGGUGAAGCAGCCGUGGCGCGACGCGGCGUCGAGGUGGGUGAUGAAGGCGGCAUUGGUAGCUGUGGUGGGGAAUACGAUCACGAUGCAGCGCGAGGUGCGUUCACGGACGCGUGGACGCCGGCGAGAGGCCUCUGCAGCACCUCCGCGCGCUCGCCGUACACCCAGCAGCAGCAGCAGCAGCAGCAGAUGGCGCCCGCCAAACCGCAGUUUGAUUCCGCCCCUCCCACCCCUUCUUCCCCGCUCUUCACCGCAACGACAUCAGCAGCAGCAGGACGGGCGUCAGCCUAUGCAGACCCAAUAGUGAUGCGUGCGGCUCGCAGCAGCGCUGCCGGCGGCGGCGGCAGUGCCGUCUCCACGCCGCUCAGCGUGAUGGCCCCUGCCAUUCCACGCUCUCAGCAGCUGCUGCACGGUGCCUCUUUGGCUGCAGCGGCGAGCGCCGGGACUUGUUUCUACGUGAACAGCGACAAUGCGACCUAUCCGCAAAGUCACCGCAGCGGAGCAGUGGAAAAUGAGGCGGCGUGGCGGGUCAGCGUCGAGGCGGAAUUAAACGAACUGCAGCGGGCCGGCCACAUGAGCGACGCCGCGGUCGGUGCGCCGCACGCCAGCAGCAACAGCAACAGCAACAGCAAUAACAACAAUAACCCGCCGAAGUGCACCACGCCGUCCACCACGAUUUCUCCCCUCGCCCCCGCCUCGACUACUCCCUAUCAUCAGCUGCUCAGUCAGCUGCGAUACAGCCCUCAGCAGCAGCAGCAGCCAGGCACGGGCACGCGUGCGAACACACCGCCCGAUCGGCGUGGCUUUUCCGCAAUGCAGCCGCCGAUGCCGGUAAUGCAGCGCACGGCCUCCGACAUGUCAUGUGGCGCGGACGCUCCGGCUCCUGCGGCCGGUGCUGCUGCAGGUGGAGGUGGGUCGGCUCUCUACGCGGGCGGAACGUCGCGCUAUACGGCAAGUGUGUCCUAUACCAGCCCCUGCUCAGGCUCCAUGGAGGCAGUCGGCGGCAACGGCAACAGCAACGGUACUAAUGUGUUGCCGCACUGCAGUUGGCCACAGGUAAGUCUGUCGCCGGCGGAGGCUGCCGCCCUGUGGGAUCGCAUGAGCCCCUACGAAAGAGCCGCCGCCGCUGCUGCUGCGUCGGCUGCGUCUGCGUCAGCGACCACGGAGUCGCACACGGCACUCUUUCACACUCCCGACACCGUCGCGAAGCCGGUCACGCUCUCCUCUAUCGCCUCGCACCUGCAUGGAGGAGAGAUGAACUCGGUAGAGGAUCUCGCGUGCGCUCGGCAGUAUCCUCCACAGCCCCAGCGCUUUCCUUCCCCGCCUGCCUUCACAACGGCCGCGGCCUCGCCAGCGAGUCUGCUGCGUCGACCCGGCAGCACCGCUCGUCUCUCCGAGGCCGGUAUUACAAGUGGGCCGGCGAACCCGCUUUUCCCCGCUGUGCAACAGCCACAGCCACAGCCACAGCAGAGGAUGAUGAUGAUGAUGUCGCCCUCCGGUACCCCCGCCAAGCCGAUGCCGCCGCAUGGCUGGACGAAGCAACAGCCGCAGCCGCAGCAGUCUCAACCGUCUGCGUACGCGCAGCUCACGGCGGCACCGCGCUCCACGACGUCUACCAUCGGAGCAACGGCGGCGGGGGCACCCCCGCGUGGUACGCGCCCGCCACAGCAGUUUCAAUCCCCCUCCGCAUUUCGCCGUGGCAGUCCGGAGGACGCGACAACGACGGCGGGCAACGCGAACAACAACUCGCCUCCGUCUUGCAGCCUGCGUCCGUCUCCGCAGAUGCGCGCGUCGGACGGCAGCUCGCCCGCGCUGCGUCGCUACGUCAUUACCACGCCUAACGCACGCGCCAACGCAGCCGGCAACGCCCACCACACCUCUACCGCUAACUACAACAGCAUCAACGGCACGAACAGCGCGGGUAAGCGGAGUGGCGGCCGGGGGAGCCCUCUCGGCCCGUUCGGCAGCGGCAACGGCGCUCCUUCCGCGGCGGCAGGGCGUGAGAGUCGUCCGCGAGUGCAGCUGUCGCACAUGGCAGGCGUCAUCACCACCGCUGCGGCGGCGGCGUCAUUGCGGUCACCGCUGAGCAACUCCACGGCCUCCUCCCCCUCGCACCACAACCCGCCGUACGGUCCUUCCGUGUUGUCGCCACACGCAGCCACCUUCGGCGGCGGUGGUGGAGCGACGGUGUCACCGUACCACUACCACAGCCACGGACCCAGCGCGGCAAACACCGCCGCCGCCGCCGCGAGCUACAACGCCGCCUCCGGCACGAAUGCGGUGAGUGUCACGUCCGUCUCCCCCGCUGCGGUGCGGGCGCUGAUCGAGCGUCUGCAAGCGGUGGCACCCGCCGUGCUGUCGGGCAGCCCCACAGCCGCUGCCGCUGCCGCGACGUCGGCUGCGACGGACGUUGAUGCCUUUGCGGCACCUUCGCUGCUGGGCGGGGGUCUCAGCCACACCAGCACGAGCAACACGAAUACCUUCACGAACGUGCCCGAUGUGGCGUCCGCCUCCGUGAUCUUGUCCAUGUCGCACGAUCAACACGGCUGCCGCCUGCUGCAGGCCGCGCUGGAUGCCGAGUGCGACGGCGGCGGUGCCGGCGGAGAGGAGGCGGCUGCCGGCCACUACGAGCGAGAGGGCACGGGCAGCCCGGCGGAGAGCAGCAGCAACAGCAGCGGCGGCGGCGGCAACGCGGGCAGCGUGGCAGAGCGUCGCCGUCAGCGCCGCGCCGACGCCUUCUACCGCUCCACCGCCGUUCAGGUGAUUCUGCGAGCCAUUGAGCCGAAGCUGGACGCGGUCAUGGCGGACGGUUACGGCAACUUCCUGCUUCAGAAGGUGUUUGACAUGGCCCCCGACGCGGAGCGGCAGCGGCUGCUACGGCUGCCCUCCUUGCAGCACCACCUCUGCGAAGUGGCCUGCUCCCCGCAUGGGACCUUUGCGGUGCAGCGGCUCGUUGAGACGGUGCGGAACACUGAGGAGGAGCGGCUUGUGUUUGUCGCGCUGGAACGUGAUCUACUCCGCCUGCUGACCAACGCGAACGGCGGGCACGUCCUAAUGAAGGUGAUGGAAUGCAUUCGGCGCCAGUACACGGCGCUGGCCACCACGGCCAAUGAGAGCGCCCUGCCCACCGCAAGCAGCGGUCCAGCUUCUCCGUCGUUGCGCGGUCUCCUGCAGGACCGUGUCGACGCCCUCUUCACCGCGAUGCAGCAAAACUUACUCUUUGUGUGUCAGCACAAGCAGGGCUGCUGCAUCGUGCAGAAGUGCCUCGACUUCCUGAACGCGUGCUCAGGGCUCUCGCCGAACACGACAGCUGGCGUCUCUGCCACCCCCACCACCACCAGCACUGCACGCAGUAGGAAGGAGGUGGAGGAAGAGAGGGACACAGCUGCACUUCAGCAGCAGCCAAUGGAUUACUUCGAGCGAAUGUCCGCGCUGCUGCUGCCUCACGUGCCGGAGCUCUCCGUCCACCCCUUCGGCAACUACGUCGUGACGCGGCUGGUGGAUGUAUGCUACGCCCGCGGCAGCACCGCCACCAUCGACGCCGUCGCCACGGUGAUGCAGCACGAGUUGGUCCGCAUGUGUACGAGCAAGUUCGCCUCGAACGUCGUGGAGCACAUCCUCCGGCACUGCAGCGAGCGCCGGAUUCGGUCCAUCUGCCAGACCCUCAUGACCAAGUCAAGCUCGUCUUCGCCCUUUGCGUCGUUGUCGUCGUCGUCUGCGGCGCAGGUCGCAGCUCUCAGCCCCGCCGUUGCACGUCUGCCGCUGACGACUGUCGUGAUGGACUCCUACGGCAACUAUGUGAUUCAGACCCUCCUCACCGUCGCCCCCGUCGACGAGUUAGCCUCCGCGACGUCGGCGGAAGGAGGAAUGCUCCCGGUGCUGCAGCUGCUGCUGCCGCUGCUGAGCUCGCGCAAUUAUGGCCGGAAGCUGGAGACCAAGACGGAGCUGGCGCUACUGCGCGUGGAGCAGUAUCAUCAGCAGCAACAGCAGCGGCGUGUGUAA